AUGGCCGACACAGAAGUUGACGCCAAACCACGCAAAUCCGUAGCCUUCAGCGACGGAACUACGAUUGUAGACGAGAACGGGGAAGUCACAAUGAAGGAAGACGGACACGACGAUACUAAAGAAACGGCGCAGUCACAUUCACCUAGUACGCCGCCACUUUCUCAAGCUUUGGGCGCAUUUACUGAUCCUUUCCAAGGCAAUGGCGAUGAUGCGACCGCAACCAAGGAAGAUGAUGGAUUGGGCGAUUUGUCGUUGAUGAAGAAAAAGAAGAAGAAGAGCAAGAAGGUUGAGGAAGGCGAGGAGGGAGGUGAUGAAGCUGCUGCAGAUGGUGGUCUCGAUCUCUCGACAAUGAAGAAGAAGAAGAGAAGCAAGAAGCCCAAGGAUACCGAAGAUGAUUUCACAGCCAGACUUGCAGCUGCAAAUCUCAACGACGAAGGCGAGGGUGAAAAGGCGGCAGAGGAAACCCCGGUCGAUGACGGUGAUAUGAUUAAGGGAACAGGUAUCUGGGCGCAUGACGAGACCAAAGUAAUUUCAUACGAACAACUCCUCUCCAGAUUCUUCACCUUGCUCGCAGCCAAGAACCCAGACCACGCAUCUUCCGGUUCCAAGAGUUAUAAGAUUCCUCCUCCACAAUGUCUGCGUGAAGGAAACAAGAAGACCAUCUUUGCCAAUAUCGCCGAGAUUUGCAAACGUAUGAAGAGAACUGAUGAGCACGUUACUCAAUAUCUGUUUGCUGAAUUGGGUACCAAUGGUUCCGUUGAUGGUAGCAGACGUUUGGUUAUCAAGGGUCGUUUCCAACAGAAGCAAAUUGAAAACGUUUUGAGGAAAUAUAUCAUGGAAUACGUCACCUGCAAAACCUGCCGAUCCCCAGAUACCGAACUCAACAAAGGAGAGAACAGAUUGUUUUUCAUCACCUGCAAUUCUUGCGGAUCCAGACGUUCCGUCACUGCCAUCAAGACCGGUUUCUCUGCACAAGUCGGAAAGAGAAGAAGACAACAAGGUUAG